GCUUAGGAUGCGUCGAGAAAAUGUCAACAACAUGCCGCAGACUUCCAGAGAAACAGAAAGUGAGGAGGGAAUGAGGGACAGACAACAAAGAAAGGAAGAAACCCCGGUGUCUCAUAACAUCGUGACUUUAAUAUCUCAGUUCGCAGAUGAUAAUUUAACGCUCGUGCGGAAUAUAAGCACUGGACUGGCCAUUGCUGGUGUAAUUGUCAUAGCAAGGAGUAUCAAACUGAUCACAAAAUUUCAAGCUGCGUGUGACAUCCCCGCACGCUUUAUUGAGAGGAACGUCAGCCUUCGUGGGAAAGUCCAUUCCAUCACAGAGAAAGGAUUUAAAGUGGAGCAUGUUCCAAUUUAUCUGCCUGUUAUCUCUCCAUUACUUUCAAAGUAUAAGGAUGUAUCUACAUCCCUGCUGCUGGUCCAUCUUGCAGGAGUGGAGCUGACACCAGAGGGGAAACUAUGGCUGGAGAAGAAUGUGGCCCCUUCCCAAAUGGUGUGGUUGAAGCUUAUCAGCCGAGAGGACGACAUAUUGUAUUGUUUGGUGUCUCAAAGCAGGAAGGGGUCAAUGAGGAGCUACUGUAUGAACGAAGAGGUACUCAGGCUCGGACUGGCUCGCACUGCCCCCGUAGCUGGUGUCCUCCCUGACUCACGCCUCUACUGGCGUCUCCACAGACGACUGCACAGGGCAGAGGUGAAAGCUGAGAGGAAGGGUCGGGGUAUGUGGAAGGAGGACACCCUGUGGGAGAGAACUUCCAAAGCUAUCAGGGACAACGCUGUAUUCAGACUCAUGAAGAGGAUCUUUAAAAGAACCUGAUGCACCAAGUGAGCGAUGAUUUCCAAGUCAGAAUCCCAAAACCUUUGUUGGAAGUGUGGAAGUGGAAGCCAAAAAUGUGAUAUUUUACAUUCCCUUUAUUGUGCACUUAGGAUUUCUUUAAGUCUUUGAUCUGCUUUAUUUUCUCUGAUACUUAAAAACUAUUCCCAAGAAGUACAUUUAUGCAUCAAAUCCUUAGUGCACCUGUUGCAAAUGAUUGAAACAUGUUUUACUGUUUCUCAGUCAUAAAAAACUUAAAAUGAUUAAAAAGGUUGUUGAAAGCUCUUCUUCCCUGAGCUUUCAUUACCAAUUAAACUAGAGCUAUACACAG